AUGGUCAACGCUACCGAAGAACCCAAGGAUUCGGCUCAGUCCCAUACGCCUCGUACGCCGCCGCUUUCUGCCGCCCUUGAGUCCUUUACUGAUUCGCAAACGACAGCCGCUGAGGACCUCCCCCCAGCUGAGGAUGGUGGUCUCGACCUUUCCCUGCUCAAGAAGAAGAAGAAGAAGUCAAAGAAGGUCGACGACGCCGAUGCCGACGCCGAUGCCGCCCCCGCUGACGAUGCUGCACCCGCCGAGGAUGGAGGCCUUGACCUGACUCUGAAGAAGAAGAAGAAGAAGAAGGCUCCCAAGGGCGAUGAUGAUUUCACCAAGCAGCUCGAGAAACUUGAGCUCAAGGAGGGCGAGGAAGUCGAGGAGAUUCCUCAGGAGCAGGAGGGUGAUAUGAACGAGGGAACCGGCAUUUGGGCUCACGAUGAGACUAAGACCAUUGGCUACAGCAUGCUUCUUUCUCGCUUCUUCCACCAACUCACCGAGAGAAACCCCGACCACACUUCCCCAGGAACCAAGAGCUACAAGAUCCCCCCUCCCCAGUGCAUGCGAGAAGGCAACCGAAAAACCGUCUUUGCCAACAUCGCCGAUAUUUCUAAGCGUAUGAAGAGAACCGAGGAGCAUCUUACCGCCUAUCUUUUUGCCGAGUUGGGUACCAGCGGUUCCGUUGACGGAAGCCGAAGGUUGGUCAUCAAGGGUCGUUUCCAGCAGAAGCAGAUCGAGAACGUUGUCCGAAAAUACAUCAUCGAGUAUGUUACCUGCAAGACCUGCAAAUCCCCUGACACCGAACUCAACAAGGGUGAGAACCGCCUUUACUUCAUCACCUGCAACAACUGCGGUUCCCGACGAAGUGUUACCGCUAUCAAGACUGGUUUCUCCGCCCAGGUCGGCAAGCGAAGAAAGAUGCAGGGCUAA